UCAGAGCCAGCGCUGAGGGAUGGAGCACAUGCUCUGCCUGGUCUGUGCUGCCUGCUUCUGAGCUCAAGGCCCUGCCCAGACUCUCACCCACUGCCCGUUUCCCUGGUGUAAAUCCCCAUCAAUGAGGUUCUUUCGCCUCACCUUCAAGUGCUUUGUGGAUUGCUUCUGAGAUUACAUCCUGAUUCCCACCCAGACCCAGAGCCAGCUUCCCGACCCAGCACCCAUCUCAGUCUUCCAUCGCAGAGCCCUGCCACCAGCCUCGUGUCAUGGCUCCAGUGUCCACCGAAACAUCUUCAGAGGGCAGUGAGUGCUCCGAGGUAGCUGAGCCAGAAAGUGCUGAACCAAUCAGUGGCCCAGAGGAGUCCACCCUUGAUGAGAGAGCCAUCACUGUCCCUCUGGUGGUACCCAUCGGGCCGGCGAAGCUAUCCUUUCCUGAGCGAGAGACCUGGACGCGCCAGAUGGAUUUCAUCAUGUCAUGUGUUGGUUUUGCUGUAGGGUUGGGCAACGUCUGGCGCUUUCCAUACCUCUGCUACAAAAAUGGAGGAGGUGUCUUUCUGAUUCCUUACCUGCUGAUCGUUUUUGUUGGGGGGAUCCCUGUCUUUUUCCUGGAGGUGGCCCUGGGACAGUUUAUGAAGCAAGGUGGAAUUUCAGCCUGGAACAUUGCUCCCCUGUUUAAAGGUUUGGGCCUCGCCUCCAUGGUCAUUGUCUUCUUCUGUAACUCUUACUAUAUUAUGAUCCUCGUCUGGGGUGUCUUCUACUUGGCCCACUCACUGACGGAGACGCUGCCGUGGGCCACCUGUGGCCACCCGUGGAACUCUCCCCAAUGCACCGAGCUUUUUGGUUUGAGCAGCUGCGGCAACAACACCCACAACGGCACCUCCAGAAACUGCAGCAGCCUGGCUGACCAGCGCUCUCCCGUCAUUGAGUUCUGGGAGAACAAAGUGCUGCAUAUUUCAGGGGAUCUGGCUGAUCCAGGAGAGAUCAGCUGGCAGCUGACCCUUUGCUUGCUUUCAACUUGGGUCAUUGUUUAUUUCUGCAUCUGGAAGGGGGUCAAGUCAACCGGGAAGGUGGUAUAUUUCACUGCAUUGUUCCCUUAUGUGGUGCUUAUCCUCCUGCUCUUGCAAGGAGUGACGUUGCCUGGUGCACUGGAUGGGAUCAUUUACUACCUGAAACCUGACUGGUCCAAGCUUGCUGUGGCUCAGGUAUGGAUUGAUGCUGGUACCCAGAUCUUCUUCUCAUAUGCUAUUGGGCUGGGAGCCCUGACCGCACUUGGCAGCUACAAUCGCUUCCACAACAACUGCUACAGGGAUGCAUAUCUCUUGGCUGUGAUCAACAGUUCCACCAGCUUCUUCGCUGGCUUUGUAGUAUUUUCAGUAUUGGGCUUCAUGGCAUCAGAGCAGGGGGUAGACAUCUCCCAGGUGGCAGAGUCAGGUCCUGGCUUGGCCUUCAUUGCCUAUCCUAAAGCUGUAACACUGAUGCCGCUCUCCCCACUCUGGGCUACCCUGUUUUUCUUCAUGCUUCUUGUCUUGGGUCUGGACAGCCAGUUUGUGGGCGUAGAAGGCUUCAUCACCGGUAUCCUAGACCUGUUUCCACAACCAGCAGCAGCCUCACCCCGCAGGGAGAUCACAGCCGCCAUCUGCUGUCUUGUCUGCUGUGUCAUUGAUCUCUCCAUGGUGACUCAGAGCGGGAUGUACGUCUUUCAGCUCUUCGACAACUAUUCUGCAAGUGGAAUCACAUUGCUUUGGCAGGCCUUUUGGGAGUGUGUGGUGGUUGCCUGGGUUUAUGGAGCCGACCGCUUCAUGGAUGACAUCGCCCGGAUGAUUGGGUACCGGCCUCUGCCCUACAUGAAGUGGUGCUGGUUAUUCAUUACUCCAGUGGUGUGUGUGGGCAUCUUCCUGUUCCAUGUGGUGAACUAUCAGCCGCUGACUUACAAUAAGACCUAUGUCUACCCCUGGUGGGGGGAGGCUAUUGGCUGGAUGCUGGCCCUUGCCUCUAUGCUUUGCAUCCCCUGCACUGUCGCUUACAAACUUCUGCGAAGCAAGGGCACCUUCCAACAGCGCUGGCAAUUGCUGACCACCCCUGUCUGGGGCCGCCACCACCUGGAAUACAUGACACCCGAAGCAGAGGCAAAGUUGCUGCCACCACCAGACAGUCUUCCUGCUGCCCCUCCAGAGAAGGCUACGCUUUUUGAGACUGUGAUUUGAUGUCUCUUGCCCUCUCCCCAGUAGGAAUAACAGGAGACCCUUCCCCCCUCACCCACCCAAGGUCAAGUGGAGAGGGAAGAGGCCAGGGGAGAAUCAGCGUAAUGUGGGGGGGGGGGGGGGAGAAGGCAGCGGGGGAAAGUCCCUUGCAAAUUAGAAGAAGAUUCCAC